AAGUUCCAAUGCGUGGAAACUUCAAAACGUCACGUCAAUUUGUCUGCGGUAUCUUUUGAUCAUUUGGGCUGUCUGCAGUCAAAGUAUUUCACAUUUGUUUUCAUGGGCGCAGCCAUAUUGGAUAUAGAGAAGGGGGACAACUUUACAGUUUCCGGUGUUCCCCUUGAUGGCAAAUGUCGAAGCAGGUGCCCGAAUCUAAAAGGAUAUUCCGAUGAUAUUUGCUCAAAUACAAUGGCUGAAGUGACUAAAUCGUCAGACAAAAGUAGAAACCGUUCAGAUGGACAAGAAAUUACAUUUUCACCUGUAAAGUCACCAGUUCCCCAGUACGAUUGCCGUCACCAGGGCAAUCUUACAGGCAUGCUGCGGAAGGUCAAGGACACUGCUGCAGACGUUCACAAUCAAAUUUUCAAAUGGAAGAAACUGAAUACUGAAGGAAGAAACAUCAUCAGUGAAAUAGCUAACACCAAAAUAGAAAAAGUGUUCAAUGUAGCUGGAGAGGAGACUGAUGGGAAUCUGCUGCCUGCCAGCCUCGAGCCUCUGUGUGACAGACUCACCUCCGUAUACCACAACAUGGAGAAGAUUGUGGGGAAGCUGCAACAGCUGAGGGCUGCCCUGUGCGGUGUGCAGGCUCUGUCUCGACACAAGGGUGGGGAAGAGGACAUUUUGUUUCACACUUGGAACAUUCAGGAUUUUGUAAAUACAAUGGACCAGCUGAUUGAGAUGUACCUUUCAGAGCUGAAACUUAAGAAGUCCAUUGCUGAGAAUGUUGCUCAUGCAGAGAGCCGACAAAUAAUGAUGUUCUACUCCGCUGCAUGGAUACACCAGCCUUAUGUGGAAGACUCAGCCCAGAUGCUGAUGGAGAGUCUGAUAACUGAGACUGGACAUAAGUGACGCCUGGACACAUCAGCACAUCAGGUGGAAGACUCGGCCCAGAUGCUGAUGGAGAGUCUGAUAACUGAGACUGGACAUAAGUGACGUCUGGACACCUCAGCACAUCAGGUGGAAGACUCAGCCCAGAUGCUGAUGGAGAGUCUGAUAACUGAGACUGGACAUAAGUGACGUCUGGACACAUCCGCCCUAGGUGGAAGACUCGGCCCAGAUGCUGAUGGAGAGUCUGAUAACUGAGACUGGACAUAAGUGACGUCUGGACACAUCAGCCCUAGGUGGAAGACUCGGUCCAGAUUCUGAUGGAGAGUCUGAUAACUGAGACUGGACAUAAGUGACGUCUGGACACCUCAGCACAUCAGGUGGAAGACUCAGCCCAGAUGUUGAUGGAGAGUCUGAUAACUGAGACUGAACAUAAGUGACGUCUGGACACAUCAGCCCUAGGUGGAAGACUCGGUCCAGAUGUUGAUGGAGAGUCUGAUAACUGAGACUGGACAUAAGUGACGUCUGGACACCUCAGCACAUCAGGUGGAAGACUCAGCCCAGAUGCUGAUGGAGAGUCUGAUAACUGAGACUGGACAUAAGUGACGUCUGGACACAUCAGCCCUAGGUGGAAGACUCGGUCCAGAUGUUGAUGGAGAGUCUGAUAACUGAGACUGGACAUAAGUGAUGUCUGGACACAUCAGCCCUAGGUGGAAGACUCGGUCCAGAUUCUGAUGGAGAGUCUGAUAACUGAGACUGGACAUAAGUGACGUCUGGACACCUCAGCACAUCAGGUGGAAGACUCAGCCCAGAUGUUGAUGGAGAGUCUGAUAACUGAGACUGGACAUAAGUGACGUCUGGACACAUCAGCCCUAGGUGGAAGACGCGGUCCAGAUGUUGAUGGAGAGUCUGAUAACUGAGACUGGACAUAAGUGACGUCUGGACACCUCAGCACAUCAGGUGGAAGACUCGGCCCAGAUGCUGAUGGAGAGUCUGAUAACUGAGACUGGACAUAAGUGACGUCUGGACACAUCAGCACAUCAGGUGGAAGACUCAGCCCAGAUGCUGAUGGAGAGUCUGAUAACUGAGACUGGACAUAAGUGACGUCUGGACACAUCAGCCCUAGGUGGAAGACUCGGUCCAGAUGUUGAUGGAGAGUCUGAUAACUGAGACUGGACAUAAGUGACGUCUGGACACCUCAGCACAUCAGGUGGAAGACUCGGCCCAGAUGCUGAUGGAGAGUCUGAUAACUGAGACUGGACAUAAGUGACGUCUGGACACAUCAGCACAUCAGGUGGAAGACUCAGCCCAGAUGCUGAUGGAGAGUCUGAUAACUGAGACUGGACAUAAGUGACGUCUGGACACAUCAGCCCUAGGUGGAAGACUCGGUCCAGAUGUUGAUGGAGAGUCUGAUAACUGAGACUGGACAUAAGUGACGUCUGGACACCUCAGCACAUCAGGUGGAAGACUCGGCCCAGAUGCUGAUGGAGAGUCUGAUAACUGAGACUGGACAUAAGUGACGUCUGGACACAUCAGCACAUCAGGUGGAAGACUCAGCCCAGAUGCUGAUGGAGAGUCUGAUAACUGAGACUGGACAUAAGUGAUGUCUGGACACAUCAGCCCUAGGUGGAAGACUCGGCCCAGAUUCUGAUGGAGAGUCUGAUAACUGAGACUGGACAUAAGUGACGUCUGGACACCUCAGCACAUCAGGUGGAAGACUCGGCCCAGAUGCUGAUGGAGAGUCUGAUAACUGAGACUGGACAUAAGUGACGUCUGGACACAUCAACACAUCAGGUGGAAGACUCAGCCCAGAUGCUGAUGGAGAGUCUGAUAACUGAGACUGGACAUAAGUGAUGUCUGGACACAUCAGCCCUAGGUGGAAGACUCAGCCCAGAUGCUGAUGGAGAGUCUGAUAACUGAGACUGGACAUAAGUGAUGUCUGGACACAUCUGCCCUAGGUGGAAGACUCGGCCCAGAUUCUGAUGGAGAGUCUGAUAACUGAGACUGGACAUAAGUGACGUCUGGACACAUCAGCACAUCAGGUGGAAGACUCGGGCCAGAUGCUGAUGGAGAGUCUGAUAACUGAGACUGGACAUAAGUGAUGUCUGGACACAUCAGCUCUAGGUGGAAGACUCGGGCCAGAUGCUGAUGGAGAGUCUGAUAACUGAGACUGGACAUAAGUGAUGUCUGGACACAUCAGCUCUAGGAGGAAGACUCGGGCCAGAUGCUGAUGGAGAGUCUGAUAACUGAGACUGGACAUAAGUGAUGUCUGGACACAUUAACCCUCGGUGGAAGACUCGGCCCAGAUGCUGAUGGAGAGUCUGAUAACUGAGACUGGACAUAAGUGACGUCUGGACACAUCAGCUCUAGGUGGAAGACUCGGCCCAGAUGCUGAUGGAGAGUUUGAUAACUGAGACUGGACAUUUCUCGAAUGUGCUCUUCUUCUUCAGUGAACAGUUACACCUUGUUAGAUCCAGUUGAUCCAGAAACUUCCACCCAGACAAUUAGUUUCUUGGCAGGAAUAUGGUCAAGUGCCAAAUUUUCAAUGUUGUAUGUGUAAGUGCUCGAUCAAAUGUCAUGUACGGGGAUAUAAAGACUUAUUAAAUCCAACUAUUUGCA